UUUUUUUCAGCCCACCCACUUGCCUGCAAGCCACGCCUCGCUCAACCUCUCUUCUCCUUCCUCUCUCGACCUCGCUCUCGCUCACGGCUCACCCUCGCUGCCUCUCGCUCUCUGCCUCCUCUUCUCUUGUUCGUCCGCUCGUGCUUGCCCUCGCUCUCUGCCUCUCUAUUGCUCUCGCUCGCCCUCGCUCUCCGGCUCUCUCGCUGUCGCUCGCCCUCGCUCGCUGCCUCUUUUGCUCUCGCUCGCCCUCGCUCUCUGCCUCUUUUGCUCUCGCUCGCCCUCCGGCUCUCGCUGCCUUUCUCUUGCUCUCGCUCGCCCUCGCUCUCCGCCUCUCUUGCUGUCGCUCGCCCUCGCUCUCUGCCUCUUUUUCUCUCGCUCGCCCUCCGGCUCUCGCUGCCCUUCUCUCGCUCUCGUGCUCGCUCUCGCUCGCCCUCACUGCCUCUCGCCCUCGCUCUCUGCCUGAUUGCCUCUCUCUUGCUUUCGCUCGCCCUCGCCCUCGCCCCCACGCUCGCUCGGCCAGUCGGCUUCGCCUUCUUGCUCGCUGCCCUGCCUCUGAUUCAGGUCUUCGUUUUACCCCCCCAAGCUUCCAGAUUUGCUUCAUUCGAGCCCAGCUGCCCAGGUAAGAGUCAUGAAGCUGGAUGUGAAUGUUCUUAGCCACCUGUCCAAAGAUGAUUUCAGAGUUCUUACGGCUGUUGAGAUGGGCAUGCGCAAUCAUGAAAUCGUACCCUCUGAGCUCAUCAUCCGCAUAGCUGCUCUCAAGCAUGGAGGCACAUACAAGGUGUUGAGGAAUUUGCUCAAACACAAGUUGGUGCACCAUGACUCGUCAAAAUAUGAUGGGUUCCGGCUCACUUACCUUGGUUAUGAUUUUCUUGCAAUCAAGACAUUGCUUAACAGAGGAGUUGUUUCUGCUGUUGGUCGUCAAAUUGGUGUUGGAAAAGAGUCUGAUAUCUUUGAGGUUGCUAAUGAAGACGGUACAAUUUUUGCAAUGAAGCUUCAUAGACUCGGUAGAACUUCUUUUAGGGCUGUUAAGUCUAAGCGAGAUUACUUGAGGCACAGGAAUAGUUUUAGCUGGCUCUACUUGUCUCGGCUUGCUGCCAUCAAAGAAUUUGCUUUUAUGAAGGCUUUGGAGGAACAUGGUUUUCCCGUUCCACAUGCUGUGGACUGCAAUAGGCAUUGUGUGGUUAUGUCACUAGUCCAAGGAUAUCCACUUGUGCAGGUAAAGCAAUUGCAAAAUCCAGAGACAAUUUUUGAAACAAUAAUUGGUCUUAUUGUUCGGCUGGCAGAGCAUGGCCUUAUUCACUGCGACUUCAAUGAAUUCAACAUUAUGAUUGAUGAUGACGAGGUCAUCACAGUGAUUGACUUCCCACAGAUGGUAUCAGUAUCUCAUCAUAAUGCGCAGAUGUACUUUGAUCGUGAUGUUGAAUGCAUCUUCAAGUUUUUUAGGAAGAGGUUCAACCUGUCUUUCCAAGAACAAACAACAGAAUCUGAGUCUGAGGGUUCAGAUGCAGAUUCAGAUGAAAUUGGCUGGCCUUGCUUUUCAUCAAUAACAAAAGUUGCUGGUUUCCUAGACAAGGAACUUGCUGCCAGUGGCUUUACUAGAAAGGACCAGGAAGACAUUGAAAAGUUAACUGAAGUAGAUUGCAAGAAGGAUAAUCUAGAUUCUGAUGAUGAAGAAACUUCAGAUGGAUAUAUUUGUGAUGCAACAGAAGACUCCAACAUCAAGCAACUUGAUUCCAUGAGUUUGGUGGAUCAGGAUGAACAAAGUGGAGCUUGUGAUGAGAAAAGCAAUGCAGAGAGGAAUCAAGGGGAUGCUGAAGCAGGACAAAGCAAUGGAAUCAUGACACAGGUUGCGAGUGACGAGGAGGAGGAUGAAGAAACUAAGCACCGUGAUGAACCUGAACUGGCCAAGCGUCUGAACCGGCAGAGGCGGCGAGCCAUAGCUGCAGCACAUGGAGGAGGGAAGAGGUUUUCGGCCCGAAAUUCUUACAAAGACAAGGGUGGCAGGUCUUCUCACAGUUCCAAGAUCCAGAAGCAAUUGAGCAUCUGGUGAAGCAUGCCCAAUGACAAACAGAGGCUACAAAAUCAUCAAAUAUUGUAUACAAAUAGUCUGCUUGUACAGGAUGAGUUUGCUUCUUAUCCUGUUAAUGGCAAGGUUGGGGCAAAGCUAUGCUUUGUCACAUAAUUUUUCUUCACUUAAACAAAUAUGGUAGAGGUGUUCACUGAUUGUCUUGAGAGAUUGUAAUCGAGUUGGAAACUUUAUGCAUGAUUAAAAUUUUGCACUA